CAGGCAGUCCUGGAGCUGACCAUAUAAAUCCAGGAGGAAGAAAGGCACAAGAGCCUGGCCUUCUAGCUUGCCAGUCACCAAGGCAUCAGAUCAGGGCAGUGUUGGCUUUCAUUCAUCCCCAGUGGCCAUGAAGGGUGUCAUGCAAGUUUGGGUCAUUCUCCUCUUAGUCACCGUGUCUGAUUGUGCUGUGAUCACAGGGGCCUGUGAGCGGGAUGUCCAGUGUGGCGCCGGCACGUGCUGCGCCAUCAGCCUGUGGCUUCGGGGGCUGAGGAUGUGCACCCCAUUGGGACGAGAGGGAGAGGAGUGCCACCCGGGUAGCCACAAGCUCCCUUUCUUCAGGAAGCGCCAGCAUCACACCUGUCCCUGCCUGCCCAGCCUGCUUUGUCUGAGGUUCUCGGAUGGCAAGUAUCGCUGCUCCAUGGAUUUGAAGAACAUCAACUUUUAGGAACUUUCUGGGCUCUGGACACCUCAUCGGGUCUCUUCUUGAGCAU